AAAACACACAUCAGUACCGCUCAGCACCGGCUCACACCUUUAAGAGGCGGUCCGGAUUGGUGUCCUACGCGGAAGCGGCUUCGCGCGCACGCUCUGCGCAUGCCUGGAGUCGCGCCGCCGAAGGACUAGCCCCUGAAGGCAAGAUGGCGGCCCAUCCGGCGGCGAGACGCUCCUCCCGGCAUGCGUAGCGGCCGGCCAGCUGGGAGCCGAGCGGAGCCGAACCGAGCACGAGCCGAGCCGAGCCGAGCCGGAGCGAUGGGGAUCCGGCGGGGCCCUGCGAGCGUCCGGGGCUGAGGCGCAGCCGCGGGCCUGGGCGUUGGACUCGCGCAGACAGCCAAGAUGGAGACGUGGCGCUGUGUGAGGAGGGGCUACGGCCGCUGUGUGGCGGGGCGAGGCCGGUACUCCAUGUUUCCUUAUCCUCUGAAGAGUUUGGGUCAAGAUUGGACUACACCGUUGGAAGAUCUGCAGAGGUAUUGUUGGAACAGACACAUUUCCAGUUGUCUGAGGUGGCCUGGACAUUACUCUCGUGUGCCCUACCCAUACCUGAGUAGCAGGCAUUUCUCACUGAACUGUAGGCCACCUCUUCUUUGUGAGUCUGGAGCUCAGUUUCAGUACUAUAAUUGGAGACCUGACCAUCUGAGCAACACAUCCUCGAUCCAUCUCUCCAGUUACAUCAUGAAUUCUGACAAAGAUGAGCCCUCAUCCAAACGAAGAAAACGCCAUGGUAAAGGAGAUGUUUAUCUUGGAACAAUAAAAAGGAAUUGGGAGUAUUUAUGUGGCCAUAAUAAAGAAAAAACGAAGGACCUAGAAGACAAAAACGUUGCCUCCACGUGCGAGGACAGUGGGGAAAAGUUUGACUUUUCAGUGAUGUCUUACAAUAUACUCUCACAAGAUUUACUGGAGGACAACUCACAUCUCUACAGACACUGCCGGCGCCCAGUGUUACACUGGGGCUUCCGCUUCCCCAAUAUUCUGAAGGAAAUCAAGCAUUUUGAUGCAGAUGUGCUUUGUCUGCAGGAAGUUCAAGAAGACCAUUAUGGAACGGAAAUCAAGCCAAGUCUGGAAUCACUGGGUUAUCAUUGUGAAUAUAAGAUGAAGACAGGAAGGAAACCCGACGGCUGUGCCAUUUGCUUCAAACACUCCAGAUUUUCACUCCUGUCAGUGAACCCGGUGGAGUUCUGCCGCCGUGACAUCCCUCUGCUGGACAGGGACAACAUUGGACUGGUGUUACUCCUGCAGCCCAGGAUCCCACGUGCAGCCUCCCCCUCCAUCUGCAUAGCUAACACACAUCUCCUGUAUAACCCACGGCGAGGAGAUAUUAAGCUCACCCAAUUGGCAAUGCUGCUUGCAGAGAUUUCCAGUGUGGCCCAUCGGAAAGACGGUAGCUUCUGUCCCAUCGUCAUGUGUGGUGACUUUAAUUCUGUUCCUGGUUCUCCACUCUAUAGUUUCAUAAAGGAAGGAAAGCUGAAUUAUGAAGGACUUGCGAUUGGAAAGGUAUCUGGCCAGGAACAGUCUUCACGGGGACAGAGAAUUUUAUCUAUUCCAAUUUGGCCCCCAAACCUAGGCAUCUCUCAGAACUGUGUAUAUGAGGUACCGCAGGUUCCCAGAGUAGAAAAGACAGACAGCGGUAGUGAUCUGGCGGAAGCACAGCAGGAGAAGACAGAGGUCCUGAUGGCAGCUGAAAACGUGUCUUCACGUCUCCAGCACCACUUCAGCUUGUCCUCUGUCUAUUCUCACUACCUUCCCGACACCGGGCUUCCAGAGGUGACCACCUGCCACUCCCAAAGCGCCAUAACUGUUGAUUACAUUUUCUACUCUGCAGAGAAGGAGGACGCUGCGAGGGGGCCAGGAGCUGAAGAUGCUUUGGUUGGGGGCUUGAAACUUCUAGCUAGACUGUCGCUUCUUACAGAACAAGACCUGUGGACUGUGAAUGGACUUCCCAAUGAACACAACUCCUCAGACCACCUGCCUCUACUGGCUAAGUUUAGGCUGGAACUCUGACUCUGUUGCUCAUUUAUACAAUUUCCUGUCUACUCAAAGGCUGUAAAGAUAUUUUUAACUGUUUGCAUGCUGUUCAUUUUUUGUGCUGUGGGGUUCGGAAUUUGCUAUAUGCUUGAAACAGAUUGGAAGAAACAAAUUUACAACUUUUUUUUUUUUUUUUUUUUUUUUUUGGUUUUUACAAGACAGGGUUUCUCUGUAUUGUUUUGGAGGCUGUUGGUCCAGCCUGGCCUUGAACUCACAGAGAUCCGACUGCCUCUGCCUCCCUAGUGCUGGGAUUAAAGGCGUGCGCCACCACCACCCGGCACAAGUUUUUUUUAACGAAAUAUUUUCCUGAAAUGUCUAAACACUUUAUUGUAAAAAUAUGUAAAUAACUUCUAAGUCCUGGUAAAAUCAAUAGCAUUUUUAAAAAAUGUAGUUCAUCUCCUUGGCCCUCCAGAUGAAUCUAGUGCUUUCCGGUGGACCUGUCAGGACUUGCAAAGCUCAGGUUGUUGCCUUUUCUGGAGGCCGAAUUUCACUGGGAAAGCCCUGUGCUUGUUGAGAGCUCAUCAGCUCUUAGAUGUCACUGGGCCGUUCAUCCUCAAGUGUCCAACCCAGUUAGCUUCUGACAGGCUCGAUGACGCUCUGGAGUUGUGGGGCACACUGACCCACUUCACUGCCAUCCUGAGCUGUGGGCACGCCUACAUUGUGUUAGGUCCCUCAGAAGAGGGCAGGGCUCUCAGCCUGUAACCUUAGUGUUUGGGAGGUGGAGGCAGGAUGAGCCAUUUAAAGUCAACUUUAGCAGCUUAGAAAGUUCGAGGCCACCUGGGCUACAUGGAACCAGGUCUUAAAAAGAUAACAAAAGCCAUUUGGUGAUGGCCCGUGCUUUUAUAGUUCCAGCACUUAGGAGGCAGAGGCAGGCGAAUCUCUGAGUUUGAGGCCAACCUGGUCUACAGAGUUCCAGAACAGCCAGGGCUUCACAGUGAAACCCUGUCUUGAAAACACAUGCAAAAAAGAGUCAGAGGCCUUUAUAUAAGCCCACUCCUGUCCUGUACUGGGUGACCCCAAGGAAAGAAAUGCCAUGCACGUCCAUGUUGCCUGUAUAUGGGAGACAGACAGGAGGACCACUGCAUGUCCAGGCUAGGCAGGGCUACACAGCAAGACCCUGUCACAGAGACAGACAAAAAGAUGGCAGACUCUGGCUUGUACUCUGUCCUCCUGAGUUUCCCUUUGUGUUUAAUGACAGUAGAAGGUCCUGGGGUCAGGAGUGACAUUUUGUAUAAGUAUAAGGAACGGUCUUUGGAAGGAAGCAAUAGCUCUACAGCUCUUUGUCCUUUGUCCCCAGUGCAGAAGCCAGAGUGUAGAGUGGCCCGGCUUGUGCCCAGGAGCCCCGCACGCCACAGCCAGCUAACUGUUGGCUGCAGUGUUGAGCAUUCUGGUGCAGUGGUGCAGCCGUGUGGCAUGGCUUACACUGUCCAUGAACCCUCACAGCAGGUCUGAUAAGCCCUGUACAAGUGUCGAGUAAAAGACAUAAAUGUAAGUAGAGCUCCCCUCUGCUUUCUAAGAAAGUAGAAUCAGAUUACAGGCAUUUUUACUAAGUCCUUACCAUGCAGUCAAUUAUGUUUUCUACUGUGAGUUUCAUUAAUAGAGUUUUAAAUUAGACAGUAAGUCUUGGCAAUUUAAAUUGUAACUCACUGAUGACAGUUAUUGUAGGUCUUCUAGAUGACUGUCUUAGAGGUGUAGAUGCAACGGCAUGUACCGUGAGUACUUCAGAGAACACAGGUUCUCGCUGGUUUUCAAGGACAGCAGUGACCACAAUGCCUCGAUGCCCAGUUUUCAGUGGUGCUUUGUGGAGUGCUAAGGGUCCUGAGAAUUACGGUGGUAACUGUCCCUUUUUAAUAUUGGGGGGGAGGUUUGAGUGAAAGCAAGCUAACAUUCCUGAAAAUCUCUGUGAAAGUUUUUAUAUCCUGAUGAAUAUAUUACGAGUUUAGGCCCAUUUCAUGUACUUCACUUUGAUACAGUUAACCCAUAAAUUGCUGUUAGCUUAUCAGUGUUAAUCUGUGAUCACAGACACUUUUCACAAGCUUUUAAAGCUCCAGUAAAAAUGACCUAUUUUCCCUGCCGUUAUUGACAGAAGGGCUGGCAGCUCCUCUGGGCCCUGGGUCCUGUGUUUACCUUUCAAGCACAAUCUGAUUUGGCUGACUGCAAAAGUCGGAUCUCACAGUCUGAAGUGUAGUGUGUGUGUGUGUGUGUGUGUGUGUGUGUGUGUCUGUCUGUCUGUCUGUCUGUCUAGAAGCCAGAGGUAAGCCCUGGGUGUUGUUUCUCAGGAGCCAUCCACCUUUUAUUUUUAAGACAGGGUCUCUCACCAGCCUGGAACAUACCAAAGUGGGUAAGCUGGCCAGCGAGGCCGAGACUCACCUUCAUAUGGGAUUACAUGUGGAUACCUGGCUUCUCAUGUGGGAUUGCAUGUGGAUACCUGGCUUCUCAUGUGGGAUUACAUGUGGAUACCUGGCUUCUCAUGUGAGUGCUGGGGCUCACACUCAGCUCCUCCUCUAACUGAGCCAUCGGCCCAGCCUCCUGCUGGCCAAGUCUUAGAUGCGAAGGGAAACUGCAGAGUAAUGAUAUAGUCUACUUUUUGCUGCACCCUUUGCCAUUAGGACAAUAGGCAUGCUCAAAACCUUGUCUUUCAGGAUUUAGCAUCUGCUAGCUUUUAAUCCUUGUUUAAAAAAAGUUAUAAAGCAUCGAGUCUUUUAUACUUUGUACUUGUAAGCUGUAAUAAAUUAUAUUUGCA